GCUUGGCGUGCAUUUAGCGGCUGUAGCGGUUAUUCUGAGUGGCUGCAUUCGGGGCAGGCCGGGUCCACUCUUUGGCAACCAACUUCAACUUUCAUCUUCAACUUUCUUCUGCUUGACAACUUAACAUGGAAGCUGAGAGAGACUGGACCGCUCUCGAUGUCUGCGUCUACUUUUCCAGGCUGCCUCAGUCCGCUGAGCCACCUCAAGCCAUUGGUGGCAGAUAACAGGAGAGUCACCGGAUGCAUAGUAGUGCUGCACGAAUCUGCGGAGAUUCCUUGAAAACGGCCUGGAACACUUUGUCACAAGUCUGUCCCGCGGCGGAAUCAUGAGAGCCAGUCUUGGGCCCGCCACACCAGAGAAGUAGUACUCAUUUCCUCCUGGCCUGAGCUGGAGUACACUACCUGGGAACUAUAGCAUAGUCUGCGCCAGUUCUGUGAGCACAUCCCUGAAGGCAGGGGCGAGCUGUAUGGUGCUUCGUGCUCCCGCCUGCAUUUGAGCUGAAUUCCUCAGAGCGCGCGGAGAAAGUAGCCGACCGACACUUUGAAAUGCUAAAGGCUUCUACCGCAGCCCGCCCCGACUUGCAGACAAUGAAUUGCUGCAGUGUCCUGCAUGUGCCUACUAGUUGCAGAUUAGUACAGCCCCUAUUUGUCUUUCCCAGCCUCUUUCUUUCCAAGUGGCGCUGAUGAGCUCGAUGUGCAAUCAAGGAAAGUAAGUCUGCGCUUUUUACUGGUACCGAGAAUGUUGACUAGCUAGCCUGUUUGCAUCCUUGAGGUCUGGAUGAGCGCACCUCAACUAGACUGAUCACAACCUACUCUCACACCGACAUAGAGACUCUCGAGCUUAGGGGGAAGUGACUGUCACGGGGACGAACAUCGUUCUCAAUUUGCCUCGCCCUCAGCGGCAGCUCACGACCAGUCCUGGCAGCCCGCCCACGCUAGUAGUGAAGUCCAAGUUUCGACUUGAAGCAGUUUGUUCUUCUCCUACUUCCACCUAUCGAUACCUCCCAUCGUCUUUCACAACACUCCGAGUCUCUGCCCAGUAUUGGUCAUCCAGUAUCCUACAAUACUUUUCCAGUACGACAGAAACUCAUUAUCAUCUACCUACAGUCAUGGCUCCAGCUACAGAUCCCACGCCGAACAUUGACUCGGCUCAAUUUGCAAAGGAUGCCACGUAUCUCUUCGAGGUCUUCCGCGAAUCUCCUCAGCCCAUCACGAUCCAUAUCGGAGGCUAUGCAGCCAAGACAGGUGCCAAGCCAAACACUGUCAUCAAGAGGCUCAGCGAGAUCAAGAAACGCAACAAGCUCAACCUUGUCACAACGACCUUGACUGCAGACGAGCCCAAGAGCAACAACAAAGCCACUCCCACCAAGUCCAAUGUGGUCAAGAAAGAACGCACGACUCCGAACAAGUCGGCACAGAUGGCCCAACCAGGUUUCAACUAUACAGGUUCGGUGUUUGCUCCAGACUACAACAAUACUCUACCGUCUCCAGCAGACUCAACCGGCGACACUGUGCCGAGAAAUACACCCCAGAAGCGUGCAGCUCCAAUGGUUACUGAGGACGAAACCGAGCACGAUGGUCACAUUGUUACCAAGAGGAUCAAGCAGGAGCCCUGAUCUUCCACUCCCCAAAUCUCAUGGUUGUCACUGCUUCUCUCUACUAGAACAGGGGUGCUGGUUGUUGGAUUAGAGAAUGAAACAGAUCACAGAAAAACGCAGCAAUAGGCCGACUGCUGGAAGGCGCUGGUUGACUAUUUGGGACUACCAUCCUUGGAGCACCUCAGGUUCUCGGGAAGAAAUAGCGUUGUCAUGAGCCAGUAUUGGGGAAAGAACAGCUUGCUUGCAUUAUGCUUUCCAGACACUCAUAAUCAAUGUUGGUAGCAUAAUAAAUCCCAACAUCAAGUAGACUAUGAACUUCAAUCCUCUACGAUGAUGAUUACGUCCUCCA